UGUGGAAGUGAUUUUUCCUUUGCCACCUUCGGCCUUAUACUUUUCGCGCGAUUUUCGUCGAAGCGGCGACUUUGGAAAAUAUCCGCUUGGGUGGACACCAUUAAUAAGUGAGUUGUGCCGUCCAGUAGCGGGACUGGAAAUCGAAACUGCCGAAUAAAGGUGUUUGCAUCAGCUGUGGAUCGAAGACUGUGGGGAGACUUCUUCGUUGGAGGUCGUUGUGUAACGAACGGCCCCAGCAGCGGAAUAUUCGCGUUCGGCGAGUUAGUGAAAUAUAACAUCGCGCAAAUAGUGAAUAAAUUAAGGUUUUACUUUAAUUGCUAGCCGCUAGGCGCAACUUCUACCUACAUAGUUUGGAUGACGGACAUGCGAACAUGAAAAAUUAUGCAAAGAAAUACCGCACAAAAAAUCAAAGUGACAAAAAUCAAGAGCAACGGUCCUAACUGUGAUUCAAAAAAGUGUACUUAAACACCUGUUACUCGAUUCAAAAAAUUGGAAACCAUCAAGAUCAAGGGUGCCAAAUAGGGAACCUACGAGCGCACGGCUAAACACAUAACAGAACACCGCGAGUCUGCAACUGUUGAGUAAUGUGCGUCUGACAAUGUCACGAGCGGUUUAGCUUAAAUUGUAGGAAAUUGUGGCUUAAUUGAACAGAAAGCUGCGAGGAAACUACAGUUCGGAUGUGAAUUGUGCCUCAGAACGAGAACCCGUAGAAGGGCUGUGAAAGCGACAAAAACACAAAAACGUAAAUCGGCAAUUCUCGUCGGUUGGCGGUGAAAGAAAACAUCAAUCCAGAGCAAUAGAUCCGUCACGGUGUGAAGGAAUUGUAGGCUGUCACACAUUUUGCGCGCGCGCGAUGGACUCUUUCCUCGGUUGGUUUUGAUGGAUGGUUAAAGUGUAAAGUGAUCUGUCGCGGUGGUUUAUUUUCUUGCGCGGAGGUGGAAAAGCAACGACAUUCUUGGCGUGAAGUGAAGUGCGAACAAAAACGUUAUCGAGGUUAGCUGUGUUAAAAGGUACAAAAGCAGAAAACCUCGGAACGUAUUAUCGGUUGUGCCGCAAUGAAAGCAACAAAUAGGUUACGUCACGUCGGUUGGUGUGCUUUCAUCAUAGUGGCAGCACAGACAAUUGUCUUCACGCAAUCGACGGACAGUGGCAGUUCAAGUGCAACCACGCCGGAUCCUGUGAGCUUCCAUAACAGCCUCAGCAAUGGCAGCUACUAUAGCACACACGCCCUUACAUCAGCAUCCACUGCGGCGGCUGCCCUGACGACCGCGGGCCGAGCGACCAUCUCUUCGACGGUGGCGCCCAAAAUCCAACGAAAACGGGGAAGCUCCAACAAGAAAAGCAUCGUCGUCACCCAGCCCAUCGAUAAUGUGAACAGCUCGCGUGAAUCUUUAUCCCACGAGGGCAGCGAACCGGUGGUCUAUGUUUCGGACACUGCCGGUUACAUCCCCCUGACGUCCCUGCAAGCGGCCACUCAUCAACGGUUGCCACAACCGGCCUACGGAAGUGACAUUGAUCCGGCUUGGCGACCGGACCCUUGGGAUCGGGACUACAAUCGGCGGCACCGGUUCAACAACACGAGAGUUCAGCAUAUUGAAGCAGAAUGUCAGGACGAUUACAUGAAAAUAAGAAUUGGUUUCAAUGGCUCCUUUAGCGGAUUGUUGUACUCAUCGGGUUAUGCGUACGAUCCAGACUGUAUGUACAUCAACGGUUCCGGACGGGACUAUUACGAAUUCCUGAUCCAGUUGAACCGAUGUGGUACAUUGGGAAAGAACGCUAACGGCGACGACAGUCGCAAGAAUCCAACCAAAAACUUUAUGUGGAAUACAGUAACGGUACAGUACAAUCCGCUGAUCGAGGAAGAGUUCGACGAGCACUUCAAAGUAACAUGCGAGUAUGGGUAUGACUUUUGGAAAACCGUUACCUUUCCGUUUCUCGACGUUGAAGUUGCAACCGGAAACCCCGUAGUUUUUACACUGAGCCCUCCCGAAUGCUACAUGGAAAUACGGAAUGGAUAUGGAACUAAUGGUGCCCGGGUGACAGGUCCAGUGCGCGUGGGAGAUCCUUUGACGUUGAUUAUCUACAUGAGAAGCAAAUACGACGGUUUCGACAUUGUAGUGAAUGAUUGUUUUGCACAUAACGGAGCCAAUAAGAAAAUUCAAUUGAUCGACGAGUAUGGGUGCCCUGUUGACGAUAAACUGAUUUCGAGGUUCCGCGGUAGCUGGUCUGAUGGAGGACUCUACGAAACACAAGUCUACGCCUAUAUGAAAACAUUCAGAUUCACCGGGUCUCCAGCUCUGUACAUCGAAUGUGAUGUCCGAAUGUGCCACGGACGAUGUCCAAGCCAACCAUGCCAUUGGAGAAAUCUCAAAGGAAUUGCCAAGCGAGAGGUCCAGCAGGAAACCAAUUCCACAUUAUCUGAUAAUAUAAGCCUGUUCCAAUCCUUGCGAGUUCUGCAAGAGGAAGAUGAUGACGAAAAAAUUAAAAGGGAAGCCGCUACAGUUGCAAGACCACAAGAUGCCUCGGAAACGUGCGUGAAGACAUCGCUGCUGUCCGCAAUGCUAGCAACGUGCUGUGUGGUAUUAUGUAUCCUGUCCGGAUCUCUUCUGGCAGCGUGUGCCAAACUAAGGUAUCGUAAGAAAGAUGACGGCUUUUUUAACGCUUACGUUGGUCAUAAAGCACAGCUGGAUUGAAAUCAAUAACAUUUCCCUGAAAACCCAUCCCUUUUUAUAGAGCACACCGUAUUUCCUUCCCUUAAAAGCGAAAUAUCAACAGAAGAAUGAAUAUGCGGUAAGACAAAGCUUAUUGUGUGUGACAGAUUUAGAUUUCAAUUCGAGUUUUUCUGGGAGCAUUUCAUCUUUCUGCAUAACAUAUCGAAUUCCAGUCCCUUUAAAAUUCCAAUCCACUCAAUAUCCUACCGAAUUUCCAUUCAGAGAUUCACUGUGAUAAUUGCUAACACAAUUCCGCAUCGAGUAUUAACAAACAAAUCCGUCAAUAGCUGAUUUCUUAUUUAGUCGACAAUCAUAAAUAUCAUAUUUCGCUGCUGAAUGCAAAUAGAUUAUAAGUUACAAGGGAUAAGGAUUUGAAACAAAUAUAUUUUUAUAUUAGAAAAAUAAUAACAAAGAUGGUCAAGUGACUGUGGGCCUCUUGGAAUCCAAUCAACGUUGGCCCCACUUUCUUGACGCGUCUUCAACGAAUGGUCUGAUAUGAAAAUUUUCCAAAAUUUUCUUUAGCUUAGAGCGUAUGCGAUAUAUUUUAGAAGCUAGCCACAACAACGAAGGGACUUUUCCUACUUUGAAAUGUUCAUAUUUUAAGGCAGGAAGAACUUCGAAUUUACGAUUAAGAAAAUAACGAAUUUCUUUCAAAUAAUUUGUAAAUAUGUUUUUGUGUUUCUCUAUAUUUGAAAUUGAAUCUCGUUCAUAGUGCUACUUCACAACACAUUUUUAAUAUAAUUUACAUCACAUUGUUAUUCAGAUCCUUUCUUUGUAAUAUAAGUUUAUCAAUAGGUGUAAAUAUACUCGUAACAAAUUAUUUUAAA